AUGGGCGAGAGACAGAAGACUUAUCAAGCCUUGAGUCGAAGGAGAAAGGGCGAAGCGAUGGCUAUCUUCGAACCAGCUCUUACUUACACUUCUCUCCGAGUUUUGGACUCUGGAGGCAUCAUGGCGCUCGACUGGGGAUUGGCAGCUGUCAUUGUUGCAAUCGCUAUUAUCCCCUUGAUGAUCUCGUCUACAGCUGUCGGCUUCAUACAGGCCAUCGGUCGUCGGCUUCGAGGCCGUAUCUGGCCCAAAACAACGCAAUGCGAUUCUUUACUCUGGGCCGAUACGCCUUCUGAUAACAACGGCAUACACGACUGUGGCGUCACUCCUGCUUCUUGCCUCCAUCGCAGCAACCGUGUUGCUCAUGUCAUAGCUCCGAAAUGUUGGAAUUCUACGAUUGACAUCAUGUCCAAUCGAGCGUGGAACUCUCCAGGAAGGCGCGCAAGGAAACCCCUCAAAAAGCCAUUGCAGCUGGAAGCUAAAAAGACAUACCUGAGAACAGACGCAAAGACCGUCCUAGCCUUCUUCUCGUAUGCGACGUCGAGGUUUGACAGUCCGCCGUCUAGCAGCCAGAGCCUUGUCGUAUAUGGCGACUCUAGUUUAGUUUGCGGAUUGAAAUUUGAAGACGCCGAGCUUGAGCUUGAAGAGAUUCCGGAUCCAAAGGGGGGAAAAGCGAUGCUUGUGGCAUAUUUGAAAGGCUCUCUUGCAGAAAACAGAUUGACUAAGAACAAACUUCAGAACAUCAUUGAUAGCUAUCCGCCGCUUUACCGUGACACCUUUCAAGUGAGACCUUCCGCGCCACCUAUGCCAUAUCCCAUCAAGGACCUUCGAGAUGCCCGAGUUCGCGGUGCUUGGAUAAUCGCUGUUGGUAUUGCUGGAAGUAUCCACAUGGCCAUGCCCGUAUUCUUCGAUCCUUCACCAUCCGAGUCCCAUGAUAAGGCCGACCUGUGUGCCGGUUUUGGGAAGCCGAACAACCCUAUCACACGUGUUAUCCAGACUUUGAAGCCCAUCAAGACGGCGUUUGCCUCGGCCUCUACGAAUGAUAAGAAGAACAUUCAAGUGGUCAUUGGCGCUAUUACAAUUAUGCAUGGCACAAGAACGUAA